AUGCACACGAACACCGCCGAGGCUGCCAGCGCAAAAGCCGCUGACAAGGGCGCCGAGAUGAUGCGGCACCGCUUCGGCCGCCCGCGCAAGGUGGUCGUAUACUAUUUCGACUCCGAUGCUGAGAACGACGGCGAGGUCGCGGAUGCCGUGGAGAACGAGUCCACCAACACCACCCAAGGCGAGGAGUUGAAGGCGCUCAGCCGCUGCGAACCUCCGAACGCGCCGAAACACGUGUGCUGCUGCUCACACUGCGGCCACCGCUUCCUGUCGGCGCAGAGGCCGAUCUCCCCCGAGAACCCGCGCAUCGGCUCACCGACGCCGCUCGGCCUCUUUGCCUUUGGCAUGACGACGUUUCUCUUCAACAUGCACAACGCGAAAAUCUGUCCGCUGAACUUGUUCACGGUGGCCCUCAUCCUGGUCUUUGGCGGCCUGAUCCAGGUUGUGUGUGGCUUCCUCGAGCUCAUCAACAGGAACACGCUCGGCUGCACGGUUUCCACGACGUACGGCGCGUUCUGGGUGGCGACGGCGAUUGCCUUUCUCUGGCCGGAGGGCAGCCGCAUUGCACGGAGCGAUAACAACUACAUGGGCAACUUUUUUCUCCUGUGGUUUGCCUUCGCCAGCUCGCUCUUCGCCUCGUCCUUCCGCUCCCCCUUCACCUGCAUGACUCUCUUUUUCCUCGUGCCGGUGAAUUUCCUGCUGCAGAGUGUCGGCUUUUUCAUGGCUAGCAACACCGUCGCGCAGGUCGCCGGGUACCUGGGCAUGAUCAUCGGCGCGCUGGCGACGUACCUGGGCAUGGCCUUCACCCUCCGUGACGUGUACGGCCGCUCGCUACUGCCUAUUCUGUUUCAAAAAAAGAUGCGCUACGUCGAGUGGUAG